CCUUUGAUCGUGCUCAAAUGGCAAAUCACGAGACAGAGCGGGAACGCGUAACGCACCGGUACCCCAGCUCUGCUUUUUCCGAGAAAGAACUUGCCAUCACUCUUCUUCUCUCUCUCUAAAAGCCAAAUGAAUCUAUAAAUAUCUUCUCUUGCUUCAGUUUCACGCUCCGUUUUUCUCUUUGAGAUCUGUGCCUCUUUGCUCUUCUACCCGACCGACGCUUGCUUUUGAUCGUUUGUCCUGUGGUGAUGGCUUCACAUAUUGACACACCAAAUGGAUCUGAUUCUAAGAAACCAUCACAUCCACCUCUUAAUGAAAGGAUCCUCUCUUCCAUGUCCAGGAAUACAGUUGCAGCCCAUCCUUGGCAUGAUCUUGAGAUAGGACCUAGAGCACCAAUAAUUUUCAAUUGUGUGGUUGAGAUAAGCAAGGGAAGUAAGGUGAAAUAUGAACUUGAUAAGAAUUCUGGUCUAAUCAAGGUUGAUCGUGUUCUUUACUCAUCAGUUGUAUAUCCACACAAUUAUGGCUUCAUCCCUCGUACUCUUUGUGAGGACAGUGACCCAAUGGAUGUCUUGGUCAUCAUGCAGGAGCCAGUUCUUCCAGGGUGCUUUCUUAGGGCAAAGGCAAUAGGCCUCAUGCCCAUGAUAGAUCAGGGAGAGAAGGAUGACAAAAUAAUUGCUGUCUGUGCUGAUGACCCAGAAUAUCGGCACUACACUGACAUAAAAGAGCUACCGCCCCAUCGUCUAGCUGAAAUCCGUCGCUUCUUUGAAGAUUACAAGAAAAAUGAGAACAAGGAUGUUGCAGUUGAUGAGUUUCUGCCGGCCACAAAAGCCUAUGAAGCAAUCAAGCGUUCCAUGGACCUGUAUGCAAGCUACAUUGUUGAGAGCUUAAGGCGUUAGUUUGCUGAGCACUUGAAGAUGGAUUAUGGACAAGUGUAUAAAGGAUAUGGCUGUUUGCCUGUUUGAGUUUUUCUCUGGAAACAAAAUUUCGUUUUACUGCCUGAUAUAUUGGUCCCAUAGGGUAUUGGGAUGAUGAUGAAAAUAACUCUUUACAUUUUAAGACAAUAGAUUGAUCAUAUACAGUUUUAGUGAAACUCUAUCAAAACUAAAGUGCUUGCUAUGAGAAAAAUGCUUUGGUUUUCCAUGCU